AUGGAGAAGAAAAACGUGAAGCGGAUAUCCGACUUCAAACGGCCGCCGGUGUCACGUGAGUAUGUUGCGGCACUGGAGUCUCGCAUAGCCUCGCUCGAGGGCUUCUUGGCUCGGCUCAAGGAAGCUAGCAACGAUGAGCGAAACCAGAUCUUGGACGAAGUUGAGAUCAAAGACUACGUACCGUCUUUCUCUAGCUUGCCCUUGGAGGACGAAGCUGCGUUGAGUGAGGCUUUGACCAAGGCGACCUUGCAAGAGACUUUGGAUGGCUCUAUGAUUUACCACGGCCCAACCAGUAUCUUUCAAAAUGACUACGGAGAUACUUGCGGCAGCUCAUCGGGCAACUCGAAGAAGUCCCCCUUCCAGGAUGGCAGAAGCAACCUCAUCAACCAGACAAUGCGUUUGUGCCUGGGUCUUUUCUUCUACUGGCAGUAUCCACUGUUCAUGUUCAUUGACAGGGAGGCUUUUGUAGCUGAAUUCGAGGACAACCCCAUCGACGGCGACUUUUGUUCUCCUCCUUUGAUCUAUGCCGCAGCUGCAAUCGGGGCCCUAAUGUCGAAGGAUCCUGAAAUCAGGUCCCGGGCGCAAGGUUUCGCGGAUACGGCACAAAGUAUCCUGACAACGGAGGGCCUGAGCGCCCCGAGACCAACCUCUGUGCAGGCUUUGCUUUGCUGUGGAUAUUACGAGGUCGGACAAGGAAACAUUUCGAGGGGCUGGAUGUUUGCUGGUAUGGCUUUCAGAAUGGGCCAGGACAUUGGCUUUCAACGAGAACCGACCCACUGGGGCUCAGAAGACAGGCCGAACUCGAAGUCGCCUUUCCCUUUCGAUAACGAAUUUCGACGCCGGAUCUACUGGGGCUGUUUCUUAUCUGACAAAAUCUUCAGUUUGUUUCUAGGCCGCCCAACAUUCAUGUACGAGAAUGACGCCGAUGUCAAUUUGAGCGAGCCACUGCCCCAUGACCCUCCGGUUUGGGAAAACUGGCUCUUUUCCCAUGACCUUGGCUUUCUGAAAACGGUACGCCCGGCUGGGCCAAAAUUGACUCUGCUGUUCAACCAGCAAAUAGAGUUAGCCCGAAUAAUUCACGACAUGCUCUCUACGACAUUUGCGCCUAGGAAAAAGACAGAUGCGCAUGCUAGGCGUUGGACUGAGGUGUCGCUCAACAAGCUGAACGCCAGACUUGUUGCCUGGCAUGAGGCUCUUCCGACGAAUAUGAGAUGGAAGAAGUGGUUUACCAAUAAGGAUAACCUGCAAGUCAACGUGGCCAUUUUACACACUCUCUACCACAGCACGCGCAUCAGCCUUAAUCUGCCCUUCAUAGCCUCGAUAGGAUCCAUGCCAUCGUUGUCAGAAGACAAGCCCGAAAAUGAAAAGAACCCGCUCGCCAAGUCGUUCAGAGUAUGCAGAGCGGGGGCGGAGGGUAUCGUGGAUGUGUUGCAGCGCUUCAAGAGUGAACAUACUCUCGGCAAUGCGCCUCUUCUUUUCGUGGGUGGUUGCAUCUUGGCUAUGAAUGCGAUAAUAGUUACUUGUAGGCACAUGAGUAAUCCCUCGUCACUAGCCAACGACACCCUGCUACCUAUAUUGGACGACGCACUGCAAGACAUGGCUCAUUCGUGGUCACUCGCGGGAGAGGCCAGGCUGAAGUUUAAGAGCGUGCUGGAUGCGAAGACCCGCCGGAGUGCUGGUCCACCCACAGAGGCAGAGAGACAUGUCCCGGGAUCUCGCAGCGCCUCAGAAGUACCUGCGUCGAUGCCGGUCUUGCAUGAGGAGCUUUCGACAACAGCCGCAACGACUUCAGCGAUUGCAUCCGCACCGGACCCCAAUGUGGCCUCGCCCGGGCCUGGUGGGCCCAUCGAUCCUACUCUCAUUACACCGGGGGAUGAAUCACUAGGAAGCAUGGGAAUAGCAACACAAAGCGGUGACCUGGAAACUCCUGGACACCAUGUCUGGGAGCCGAUGAGCUUUUUGGGCAGCGAAUCGGCGUAUUGGGCUGAAGUAGGCGACAAUUUCCUGGCUGAAUCAGAUUUGAAUUUCUUUGACGGUGUGCCGGAGUUUGACUGGUCAGAUCAGCCACCGAUACCAUAA